AUGGCAAAGUCAACGGGAAAACCACUCAAAAUUCUCAUGCUCCAUGGAUAUACUCAGUCUGGCUCACUAUUCCAUGCCAAAUCCCGCGCUCUAGAGAAACAUAUACAGAAGAACUUACCUGCAUACUCUGUCACUCUAUCAUAUCCAUCAGGCCCUAUAGGGCUAAAUCCCGCUGAUAUACCCAAUUAUACACCCGCUUCCAAUGGCGGUGUUUCAGCCGAUGAUAAACCUGAAGCGUUUGCAUGGUGGCGCCGUUCAGAUGUUGUGGACCCGCCUGAAUACAUUGGGAUGGAGAAAGGCCUGGCAACGGUUGCCAGUGUGCUUGCGGACGAAGGACCGUUCGAUGGUGUGAUUGGUUUCUCCCAGGGUGCUUGUCUAGCAGCCAUGGUCGCCAGUUUACUUGAACCAGACCGAAGUAAAGCCUUCCACUACAUGUCUGAUCCAGCAAACAAUCAGCAAGAACUCAUCACCCAAAUUUCCGGCGGAAAUAAGCGGGACCCUCAAAAGCCACCGCAAGGGUCAGAUGAUAAAAAGAUGGUGACUGGCAUCCCAUUUCCGUCGUCUUUUGCCAACAUCUCACACCCGCCAAUGAAAUUUGCGAUAUGUUACGGGGGAUUUAUAGCGCCUGGCACUCGUUAUCGAGCAUUCUACGAGCAUCCCAAGAUCCAGACGCCUGUGUUACAUGUUCUGGGUACCUUGGAUAUGAUAGUUGAGGAGGCAAGGAGUAAGAAGUUGAUUGCGGCUUGCGCUGGAAACCCCGAGUCUGAUGAUAGGGUCUUGUGGCACCCUGGCGGUCAUUUUUUGCCUAGCCAGAGACCAUAUUUGGAUGGAGUGGUUCAGUUUAUUAGGCUGCAUAUAGAAGGGUUAAACGGCAAUGGUAAGAAAGCUUCGGGUGACGAUGAUGUUGAAAACAUGGAUAUGCCAUUUUAG